GCCGAAGCCCGAUAACAAAUUGUAUUUCUUGAUCGUCUAGUAUCAAGUGUAGGUGGCUGCAACUUCUUCGUCAGUUGGACUUAUCGAAGGAGGGUCUUUUGCCGCCGCCGUUGUUCAAAAUGAAAACCUAAGUACGCUGUACAUAAUAUUGCGACCGCCGUUGACCACCCACGUUCGUCGAGAGGAAACGGAAUAAAGAUGGACGCUAUAAUUGCAGCCCCCUCCAGCGACCAGAAUGAAGGAGGGACGAGGACGACAAAGUCAGAUGAAUCCCGUAUGACAUCCGGAGCCGUGCUCGCGGACCAGGGGGGCGAUGAUGGAGGAACCAUUUCUCGGGAGGGGACAGUGGAACCAGAACCAGUAAAAGAGCAACAGCAAACGGCGUCCCUUACUACAGUUACUACAAUGACGUCGGGACCUUCCUCCUCCUCCUCCUCGUCUGUCACUUCAAAACCGGCCUCUCCAGAGGAGGACGUGGUGAUUCGCGACGGCUGGCAGGCCUUCUACGGCUCGGCGCCAAGCCCCGGCUGCUACAGCAAUGCGGGUGGUAAUGGGGACGACGAUGAGGACCAAUUUUGGAUGACUUUCUGCGCGCCGAAUGCAGACCAGACGCGGCUCCGGGUCACGAAUUUACUCGAAGGUGUAGACCACGACAUUACGACUCCCACCACCGCAGCGGAGAGCAGCGCGGACACAGGAAACAGGCAGAUGAACAACGUCCCUGUUUAUCGGGGUAAGAAAAACAAAUUCAUUCGCGACGCGCUGCCGCAGGCAGAUGGUACGAGCAGAAGUGGCUCAUCCGCCGGGACAAGCUACCAAUCUUUCCACGGCACAGCGAUUGCUGUGUCGAGUGGGACUCCUGGUGGUAAGCGUGAGAACAGCGCUAACUCAGGAGCCGACUGUUGCAGCAGUUCUUCCUCUGGACCGCAGUCACCAAGCAGUGGCGAGGAGACGUCGGAAAAUAAUCACAAGGCGGGACUGUAUGCACUGUAAAGGGAUCGCACUAGUAUAAAUCGCAUGACAAAUAAUUUCCUCAGGAUGAGAAAUGAAAUUUGUAUUGCGAAUUUGACUUGACAACAAAAAUUUGUAAUGCAUAGAUGCGAUUAGUACGAGUACGACUUCUACGAUACUUUUGCAAUGCAUAGACUCACGCCCGGAACAACUCCUUCUGCGACCACCACUUUUGGCACCAAAAUUCUCCACCUGGAUCCGAGUGAUUACAACUGCAACAACUCUCACACCCUGAGUACAACCGACUGCGGGCAGUCUCACUCAGUUAUCGACGACAUCGAUUGUGGAGAUAGCGUUUCCCGCAUCUGGGAGCGCGAGCGGGAGCAGAUGCAGGCCAAGAUUGAGGAGCUUUCCACGCAAUUGUCGACAGAAAGAGGAGAGUUAACCGGCGGGCAAGCGAUGCAAAAGAAGCUACUGAUGAUGAGAAACGUCGGAAAUGGUAUUAUGAUUUUGACAGCACUUUUUUUUGCCAUACAGGUUUUGCAUGACCCGGAAGAUCUGCCUUGCGGCCCUUCGCAUCACAAGUUUAUUUUUUGCCGCAAUAAAACGAAAAUGGAAAAAAUAAGUAAAAUAACACCAGACCCCUCGCAGCCCGCGGAAAACUCGAGCAGCAGUAACUCCGGCCGCCUGUCUAUUGAGAGGAAAAAUCCCCCCUCCCCAUAUUGAAAAGGUAUGUUUCCAAAAAUUUGUGUUUCGGGUUUGAGGUCACAAAUCACAUCUGUCUUGCAAGAAGACAAGGGCAGAAGUGUCCGCCAUAUUAUGGAAGCUGUUUGUCAUGCUGUUGGGCCUAAAGGGGAGCCGUUUGCCAUGCUGAACAACUCGGCCCAUACGCCCUACCUAGCCAGGGGAUCUGGCCGCCAUGCCUCUCUGCAAUACAAAGCUGAUCUGUGGCCACAAAUCAGCAUCACAAAUUUUUCGUUUUGAUCUGGGCAGGGGGGAUUUUUCAUUUUGAUACUGUCCUCCAGUGGUUCCGUGGUUGAUUUGCGCCGCGGGAGCGUCUGCGUCUCCUCUACCACGGGUUUACCGCAAAAUCUCUCUUCGCUUGGCCGCCCUAACAGCGUGAUUGACGGGAGCAGGUUUACUUCUACAACAGCAGGACCUGCUGGACCGGCUUCGUCUUCCACCCGGCUCAACGAGCUCCGACGGGGGUCGUUCUCGUUGGAAUCGAGACGCGUCUGCGUCUGCGUCUCCUCUACCACCGGUUUACCGCAAAAUCUCUCUUCGCUCCGGAACGAUAUGACUGACGGAAGCAUUAAAGGGUUUGCUUCUGCUAUGGCGGCGUCAGUAUUGAAAUCGUCAAAGUUGAAAUAGUUUGCGAUGCAUAAAAUGCAACUCACAAAGUGCCUGUCUUGCAGAGUAGGCAAGGGAGGCAGAUUGUAAGCCUGUUGAGGGGUAGAGAAGAGCUGCUAAAGUAGCAUGACAAAAGGCGUCUUCAAUACGAAAACAGCAUUACAAACUGGAUUCAGGCACCACCAAAAGUUGUCAUGCGCCACUUAGAAACUGGGCCCCAACUGGCAUCCAUUUUAUGCAUGACAAAUCAUUUCAACUUUGUCGAUUUCAAUCCUGACACUUCCAUAUCUGCUACAACAUCAGGACCUGCAUCGGCUUCGUCUUCCACCCGGCUGAACGAGCUCCGACGGGGGUCGUUCUCGUUGGAAUCGAGACGCGGGUCGAUUUCGCUAUGGCCUGCCCAAGCGUUACAAUCUCAAACGUUACAAUAGAGUCUGGAAUUUGUAUUGCAUGAAGAGCAUGACGAGGAACGCAGAGAGAAUUGAGCUUUUCGCAAUACAAAUUUCGCCGGAUUUUUUCAGGUGGGUUUCUUGGGACUCCGAAACUUGUCAUGCGCAAUCCUAUGGUAGUAGGCUAAAUCUUGCAGUUCUUGCAUCACAGCUUUCCAGAUUCUAUUGUAACAGUUGAGAUUGUAACGUCUGAGCGGGUCAUAUUCGCACGACAACAAACAGUCGCUGGAGGCUUUGCGAGCGCUCGGGAUCCGAAGCGCGACAGCGAAGACGGUCGCAGGAAUGGGUUGUAACAACGCGGGAAAUAAUGAAACAAAUCUUCCGCAACAUCCAAGAAACAACAACCCGAACUUAGCAAAGCUCAUGGGCAGCAGGACUCUCGGGGAAAAUAAAUCAUCCAGUGCGACGAGUUGCGGUGCGGAAAGUACAGCUGACGGCGCGGGCACUGAUACUUCUACUGCAAAGAGCAACGCGAGGCUUGUAGAUUCCGCGGGAGCUGCUGUUGCUCCCGCCCCAGUCAACCUUUCCGCAUUGCGCAGGAAGCAAAACAAACCACCAGUGUUGGGAGGCGCGAGCGGAGCUGCUGUUUCCACUAGUUGUACGACGGCCGCACCUACUUUCACAGGCCCGGGUACUCCUCCGGACGACCGAAGCCUAGGCCCAUCUACCGGUGAACAAAAUCAAAAACUCCUACAAACCAGCGCGUCGAGUGCGAGUCUGCUUGGCGGGUCUGCGUCCUUCAAACCGCGCACGCGGGCUGGCGCAGGAUAUCGAGGAAAAAAACCUUGUUAGUGUAAAUUUGUGAUGCGCAACAUGCAAGAUGAUUGCGUCUGUCAUGCUUUUUAUGCAUCGUAUGGUCCAUUAAAGGGCGUUUUCACGUACUAUCUGCGCAUGACAGGGUUUUGCUGUCAUGCCAGACAGAUUUGUAAUGCUGUCCCUCCAAAAAAGUUACACCUACAAUGUUUUUUUCUUGGAUACAGGAGGGGCAAGUAGUAGUAUGGGUGUAGGAGCGCGGAAACAACAGAACCAGGAUAACUGUGCAACAUCACCGUCUAGUGGUAACAACUGUCUGACCCCGCGCUCGCAGGCGAAAUUUCUCGAGGCCCGGCGGCCUUCCAUUUCUCUGGCCGACAUCCGGCGCCCGAGCAUCUCCAUUAUCGACGCCCGGCGUCCGAGUGUGUGCGCAAGGUUGGCGACGCAACUGCAGAUCAGCACGCAGGGACGGGACUUUUUGCAACAGAGGGGGAUUGAUGUUUUCGGGAGCGCCGGGGGAGCGGCAAGUUCUUGUGGGCAGAGCGGUAGUAGUUCCACAACAGCCACGACUUCGAGUCAUACUGAUCAGGACGGGGCACCUUCGACGGGUUCCUCCAGUAAGAACAUUCGCGGGCGGGUGUUGGUUUUAGGCACCAGCGAUCCGGAGCAUGUGGUUGAGAAAUUGUUGAAAGCGGGAAAUAAUAAAUCCUCUACCUCUCCGGGGAUUGGUACUACUACUGCAUCCGACAAGAAAAAGGUGGAAAGUAGUUGCGUGAUCGAAGUGAAAUGCGGCACGACAGCGGUGGAUCUGGAAAUUUUGGCCACGCCAAAGACCAUGUUAGGAGGCAGUGGCGGGAGUACAUCGACGACUUCUAGCAGCAGUAGUAACACAAACACAUCAGGAACACCAGCACCACCAGAGACAACUGCAGAUUCGCCUUUAACAACCGCUCCCCCAAGCUGCACCAACCCGCUGCCCCGGUCUUUUUUCCAAGCGUUUUCCCUCGUUCUCCUGAUUCCCGUCGACUUGUCGGAUGCGAAAACGGAGGAGAACGAGUUUCUAGCCCAAAAAGAGCUGAUCGCCGUUGCGAGGGAUAACGCGCCGCGGUUGGGGGACAACACGCCCGGGUUUGUCAUCGGGUUUGUACCCGACGGAGAGGAAUGCAGGGACAACGCGCUGGAGAAUGCGGCGCUGUUUGCGAGCGAACAGAACUGUGCAUUUCUCCCCUCGUUGGAAAAAGACGGGAAGAGAUUACUGCAGCACGUACUUUUUUUGUUGCUUCUGAUGCUGAGGUUUGCUACUUUUAUUCUGUCAUGCGGGACGAGAUGCUUGGCUAUGCGAAUGCGUUUUGUAGUUGUAAAAUACGAAUUUCACUUCCAAGUGCAUGGAGCGGUCGAAUAAACUCUAUCUCGAACUGAACAUCAGAUGGGCGAGCAAGUUUUCCUGCAACACGCACUAUCUUCUUCCUGCACCGCCGGCUAUUCCGGGGGUAAGCGCUUGAACGGGAUAUCAACUGUAAAAAUGUCUGGGUCUGGAAGAAUUCAUGUUUGUCAUGCUUGUCUGGCAUGACUCUUAAAUCUGGUAUGCACGUUACCCAAGAGCUCCGUUUUUCUGUGAUGCAGAGCCGCAGUUUGUCAUGCUGAAUAGGCAACGCCUAGGAGCUGAGAAACUUGUCAUGCUGAGCCAGUAUUCGUAGCCUCAUCAUGAGACGCAACCCAGCAUCACAAGUUUCCAGACCCAGACAUUUUUACACUUGAUACGGGAAGAACGAAAACCAAACCGGCGGGCUGGGGUCGAGUUGCGGAAUGCAGUGAAGUUCUUCUAGCAGAGGGCGAAAACUCAUACUUGGAACUGCAGCGUUAUUUCCACACGGCGAAGGAUGUACUUACAACUGUCUGGACGUUAGUUACCACACCGCAGAACCCUCAGACGACUACGAUCAAUUUAGAAACGCAGAGGAAGCUGCCCGCUGUUGAGCAGCUGCAAACUGGAGCUGUAUAAGACAUCGAAGAUUUUGCUGGAGCGAAGCACAGGGAAGUAGUUCCUGCUUCUGAAUUCCCUUUAGUAUGUACCCAUAAACCCAAUCUUUGCUCCUGUAAGGAAAAAAUUAGCUCGUAGCUACUCGUGUCAUUCUUCACAUGACUGGGAAAAAAAAAAUUAGGACAGUACAGCAGUAGGCAUUGGAAUCUUUAAGAAAUCAGAGAAGCUUGUUUUCUAUGUUGCCGGCCCGGCUCGGGAUCGCGGGGACAUUUGACAGUGACCGUAAAUCGUUUUUAUAGCAAGAACCGUCCUCGAUGACUAAGGAUGGAAGCGAACAUGAAACUCAGACCCUGUAAUAUAGAGCAAUGUGCAAUUGGUAGGACGAUUGAGUGGUCGUGGGAAAUUUUUUGAUUUAGACGGUAUUUCCAGCCACUGUUUCACCCACCAAAGUGCCAUUGUUUGGACAAUCGAAUUGAUGUCAACGAAUCUUUUACUGCUACUUGAGCAUAAAU